AUGGGUGGUGUGGGUGAAGAGAUGAGAGUAUUGGAAAGCAGAGAAUGGUACAUUGCGUCUUAUGCACCUCAAGGUGUUCCAAAUUCUGAUCAUCUCAAGAUUCGUACUGCCAAACUCUCACUAGCUCUUAAUUCGAUCCCUGAACGGCAUGUCAUUCUUGAGACCCUCUUCCUCUCCGUUGAUCCAUACUUACGCAGCAGAAUGACUGGCCGAGAAGACGGCCUAUACUUCCCCCAGUUCAACCAUAACGAGCUUAUUCAAUUCUAUGCACCAAACGAGUUAGAAUUUGGAAUUGGGAAAAGAAACAGAGAGAAAUUAGGAGAGAAGUUUGCCUAA